UUAUUUAUCUUUGUUCGUUUCAUCUGUUAGGACGUUAUCGCGUUUUCGCCGGUCAAUCUUAUGAAUCAAGCCGCUGGUUGGCUCACUCAUUCCUCUAAUUUUGUGUGUUUGUUUCUGCUUUGGCAUGUUGUCAUCACCAGAUUUUUUGUGGGCACAGCAGGUUUGAUGCCCUUUGCUCCAUCAUGGAGCCCUCAGAUUUGACAACGCGCAGAAACGGGCGACAGAGGAGAGUGCCAGGUGCCUCUGCCCUGUCUGAGCACAUUGGCUCUAUGGACAGAGGGGAGACGAGUUCUCCUGAGCCGGAGAUGGAAGAGGAGGCAGACAGCCUCAUCAGAAGCUCAGACACAGAGAACAGGAGGCGUCACCGGGUUCGGCCGGGUAUCCGUGGUGAACUGGGGAAUAUAUUACUUCUCCUGUUCCUCUAUGUGCUGCAGGGGAUUCCCUUGGGACUGGCUGGCAGCAUUCCCCUAAUCUUACAGAGCAGGAGUGUCAGCUACAAAGACCAAGCCUUCUUCAGCUUUGUCUUUUGGCCGUUCAGUUUGAAGCUUUUCUGGGCCCCGUUGGUGGAUGCUCUGUACUUCAGCAAGUUUGGGAGAAGGAAGUCGUGGCUGGUGCCCACUCAGUACCUACUGGGGCUGUUCAUGCUCUAUCUUUCGGCAACAGUCACCUCACUGCUGCAGAGUGAGGACGGACCCAAGGUGGUCACGCUCACUGCAGUCUUCUUUAUGCUUGCCUUCCUAGCAGCCACACAGGAUAUAGCUGUGGAUGGCUGGGCCCUCACCAUGUUAUCGAGAGAAAAUGUGGGCUAUGCAUCUACCUGCAACUCUGUAGGCCAGACGGCAGGGUACUUCCUGGGGAAUGUGCUCUUUCUGGCUCUGGAGUCUGCUGAAUUUUGCAACAAGUACCUCAGAACAGUUCCCAAAGACACCGGCAUCGUCACCCUGCCAGAUUUUUUAUUUUUCUGGGGGGUGAUAUUCCUAGUCUCCACUACCCUGGUGGCCAUCCUUAAAAGGGAGAACGAUCAGAACAGAGGCAGGAGGAACGUCCCGGUCGAAACUCAGGGUGUCGCAGAAACCUACAAGCUCCUGUUCUCCAUCGUCAAGAUGCCCACAGUCUUCACUUUUUGUUCCCUGCUCCUCACAGCUAAAAUCGGUUUCUCUGCAGCAGAUGCUGUUACAGGUCUGAAGCUGGUGGAGGCUGGAGUCCCCAAAGAGCAGCUGGCGCUCCUGGCGGUUCCCAUGGUGCCUCUGCAGAUCCUUCUGCCAGUGAUCAUCAGCAAAUACACGGCAGGGCCCCGACCCCUUGAUGUCUUUUAUAAAGCCUUUCCAUUCCGGCUGCUUAUCGGGCUUGAAUACGCUCUGCUGGUAUGGUGGACCCCCCAUGUGAAACAAGAAGGAGGAUUCCCACUUUACUACUAUGCCAUAGUCCUGCUCAGCUAUGCAUUGCAUCAGGUGGCGCUGUAUAGCAUGUAUGUGGCCUGCAUGGCCUUCCAUGCCAAAGUGAGUGACCCGCUCAUAGGAGGGACCUACAUGACGCUGCUGAACACGGUCACUAACCUGGGAGGAAACUGGCCCUCCACCGUGGCUCUGUGGAUGGUUGACCCCCUGACCUCUAAGGAGUGCCACGGGGCCGCGGGACAGAGCUGCAGCUCGUCACUCGAGGCAGGGUUGUGCGUCAAGGAAGGAGGCGUUUGUGUGACGACCGUGGACGGAUACUACGUGGAGUCUGUGGUGUGUGUCGUCAUAGGUUUACUGUGGUGGGUGUGGCUGGGGAAGAGGAUGAGGCGGCUGCAGGAGCAGAGCUCCUCUGCGUGGAGAUGCAGGGUGAACCAGUGAUAUGAAUCCUACAGACAUUUCAGUAGUGAGCUGCACCUUCAUUUUCUGCUCCAAAACCAGCUGGACUCACAGUCACUCCCACACAGCAACGUUUUGCUCUGGUCUGGCUUUUUGGCUGCUGGAUCGUGGAGACACUUACCAUUAAACAUGUGACUUUAAUGUACACAUAUGAAGUAAGCCACCAUCGCUGUCUUCUUUUAUUUUUUAAAGUAUUAGUAGUAGAUUUUUACCAUAUUGUUCCGCUUAAGCAAAACCAAACAAGAAUAUCUUGACAAUUUUUUUUCUCAUCUGAAAAAAGAUUUUUUUUGAGACGCUUUUGGGGUUUUAGCACCUCAUCUCCUAACCUUAUAUACCUUUCUUAUAUGAAAGGAAAAUUCACAGAACAGAUGCACUAAUCUUAACUCAAAGCACAUGUGAAGAUUUCACCUUGUAUCCCUGGCCUGAACUAUGAAGCAGAAAAAAAUAUCUCAGUGCAGUUCAGAGGGAAACAGAGAAAUUGGACAGGGUUAACUACAAAUUUUUUUAAAAAACAAAACUGAUUAAAAAAAAUGAUACCUAUAUUAUACAGAAAUAUCUUCUCUUCAUUGUUCCUGUUUCAGUUUUACUAAGGAGGACAUUUUGGGAGUCAUUUUGCUAUAAUAUUUAUAGCAGUUGUUCAUUUUAAUUUAAGUCCAUACAAAGGAAUAAAAUCAUUUUUGUCUCCUCCAGUGUAAAAAGGUGCUGCAUUAAAUAUUUGUUUGUACUUUCAUAUCGGUCAUAUUAGUUAUAGAGUUGGACCAAUCAGGCUGCUGGCAAUUUCUGGUUUCUUUGACCUCUGACCUGUCGGUUUAUGUUCUUCCUCUGACUGCGGUGCAUAAGAGAAAAACAGUGGCGGAAAGUUCUUUGAAAGGUGUUGUAGUAUGGGAUUCAAAAGAAAAUGAAGGAAUUGCAUGAUUAUCUCAAUUUAUGCCCCAAAUUGAUCUGAUUUUGUUUUAUAAUCUCAGGAAAGGUGUACUAAAGUAUCUGCUGUUGGUUCAUAUGUUUAUGUCCUGAAAAUAGCAAAAGAAUGUUUUGAUUAUUUAUUGGAACCUGCUGAUUAAGAUUACUAUUUGAAAUCCUAGGUCGCAGGGUUGCUGGUAAAUAUGACGAGAGUAGUUGCAAUAAAUUCACUUCUAUUUCACUCCCCUGGUUCCUGCAUGUUAACUCCUGGCCACUGUAAUCUGUCCAACAUGGAUAUCUGCUGCACUAAUCCAACAGCAUGAAUACCAGAUUAUGAUGAAAAUGCUAACAAUAUGAAUUUGAAUACAUUAGCAUCAGUUCCCACAUUUCAAACAUGUGCUGUCACUAUUACCAUGGUGAUAUAUUGUACAGCUUAAAUUGGAAAGUUACAAUAGAGAGUGAUCUUCACAACUUGCAUCCAGCUGAACAAGACUGAAACUGGUCACCAGAUAAGACGCACAUUUAAAUAAACUAUAAACAAUCUGCUCUGCAGCUGCUUUUAACUGCAUAUUAGCUAGAUUAAUAAUUUACACAGAAAUAAUCAGCAUAUUUUAUUGACUGUGUUGUUUUCAGCUGAUUGAAAGUAUGACUUUGAUUUCAUGUCACUGUAAAAACAGAAUCAUGACGGUGGAUGGUGUUGUGAUCACAACUCAGGACAUUAAAACAGAUGAGUGGUCGUGUUGCGAGGUGUGACAUUGCAGUACUGUAGAGCGGGACACACCCAUUGUAUGUUGCCCAACUCCCAAGUUCAACCAGUGGGCAAAAUCCACAUGCUUUAAAAAACUCAUUUUUUCUGAUUUUUUUUUUUUUUUUUUCAUAAUUUCUAUUGUGGUUGUUUUUGUUUGUUUAAGCUGUGCCUUGUUUAGUGUCUUCAAGUCAGUUCAUUGUCAGAACUUUAUCUGAAUUUGAAACAUUAAGUUAUGCUGCCACCCUGUGGUGGAGAAGGAUGACUGGUAAUUACCCACACUACACUGUUGCCCUUAAAAUAAUUGUGCAGGUAAUCAAGCUCAGUAAGUUUCUCAACAUACUCGAGGUUUAGUCCGCCAGCUGUUUCUGUGCGCUCCUUAAAGAAGAAUUCAAUUUGCACUUUGUAAUCUAAAAGCUGUGGUCAUCCAUUGUUAAAUGAAUGGAGAUGCCUAAACGUCAUUUUGCCUUUUUAAUGUAAUACUAAACUUCCAUGAGCAAUCACAAACGAUGGCCAGUAUUUUGGUUGAGGAAAUCUUUUCUUUGCCGCUUUUAUGCAACUUUUUCCAGUUUUUUGGUUCCAUUGUAACUGCAUAUACUGUACAAGUUUAUAUUAUUACAGUAAACAUUUAGAAUCUAUUUACUCUGUUUAGAAAGCAGAUAAUUUUAUGGAUACCUUUACAUCAUAUAACAUCAGCCAUGAGGAAAGAUUAGUCUGAGUGUAAUGUCUGAAUGGUGGAUACCAAAAUUCCCUGGUGAAAACAUUGAUGAGAGUAAUUUUUAGUUAGUGAAAUACAUCAAAUAUUGAUUUGAGGAUCUGGUAAAUACUGUUUAUAAUAAAUGCACUGAAAGUAUAAUUUACAUCAAAUGAACAGCCUUUAGUCUUUUUAAAUCACAUUAAAAAGACUAAAUAGACAUUAAACUCACCUCACAGCAAUUUUAUGAGAAUGUUUUAUAUUUACUUCCUCCAGAUCAUGCAUUUAAAUAGUUCUGUCAUUGACACUGUUUACUGAUUUAAUUUGAUAAUUGGUGUUUUUCAGGUGGUGGACAACUGCUUAAGAGUUUUAUUAUUUUAUUUUAUUCUAUUCAUAAUAUAUAUAUUUUAGUUGUUGCACAAUUUUGGUUUACAGCAAUUCAAAUUACAUUCAUUGAUAUCUGAUCUUUUCUUCUUAUCCACCCAGUAACGAAGGCUGUGGUCAAAUGCAUUGAGAUUUAAAAAGAGUUUCAAAGAUUUAUUGACAGAUGUUUAUUGUCACUGUCAUUGUAUUGAGAUUUUUUUUCUUCUUUUCCUUACAAACAACAAACUGUUUUUAAUAUUUGACUAAUGAACUCAAAGCUUGGAAGCUAUGGACUUCGCCAGUAAUAAUUAGAUCAAUUUAGACAUCUGAAUUGAAACAUUUAUUAAAUUGUUUUAUUAAAUGUUUCACUUUUUCUACAUUCCGAAGUCUUUAAAAUAAUAUAAUAAAACCAAAUUAUUUCCUGAUUAACCACUGUGGUUCUGAAGGCUUAAUUUCAAUGGGAUGGAACGAAAUGAAAUUUUGACAUCGUUUUUAUCGGAGGUGGAACCUGGAAGGUCUAAAUUUAAAAAUGUUACUACCUUGAGUAUUUUCCUUCUACUGUCACCACAUGCUUGCAUUAUAACUUGGAGCAGACUGGAAUGUAUGUAAUCUUAAUGAUUGAAUUAUUUUGAUCAUUUAUUUCUGGAUGGUGGUCGGACCCGUUUGUCCUGUGAAGUGCCUUCAGAUGACAUUUCUUAACAAGUGAAGCGAUGGUACAUGAAUAAAUUGAGUUUAAAAUAAAUCCCAUGUUUUAAGACUGUAAAGGAAUCCCACUGAAGGAAAUGAAUGACUAAAAAUGAUUGAAUAUUGAGAUCUCAAUAAAUAUUUAUAAUUAAAAACACGCACUU